GGAUCGCAUUUCCUGACGGUCCUGACCAUAUCCCCGACCGGGAAAUUCGUGUUUGACACGUACGCGCUGGACAAAGGCAAGCAGGUUGGCUCCGUACAUAUACAGGAGACCACCGUCACGUGGUAUCAGGUUCGGUCAGACGGCUUCGUCUUCUACGCGGUUGGAAAUGCCGUCAAACGCGUGGUUCUGGAGAAAGGCAGCGUGACAGAGCAAUUCAAAACACCCGAGACCAUCGUCGACGCCUGCGUGUCGGAACCGCUCCGGGUAAAGGUCGUUACCCUGCACACUUCCCCCAAGACGAUGCUGCGCGUGUUCGACGCGCGCGAGCCGACCAAUCAGGGCAAAGUUUAUCUGCAGAACAAGACUCUCAACACCAACGCCGUCAAGCUGCUGGCCAUGACCAAGGACAGCACCUUCGUGGUGGUGAUGUGCGAGCGCGAAGUGCUGAUCGUCGACUUGAGCGUUGACAAGGUGACCCAGACCUUGACCUUCAACAAUGUGCCCGUGAUCCUGAGCGCCUUCUCUCGUAGCAACGAGCACGUCUUCGUGGUCACGCCCACACAUAUCGUGCAAUGCUUCAAGCUCAGCACGGGUGCCAUGGUGAUGAAUUGCAAACUGCAGCUGGAAGAGCAACAUCGGGAAGAUGCGCAUACCGCGCAAGCGUCUUCACGUGACCAGCUGACGUCACGCACCGGGUCAAAAACUCCCGCAUCCGCAUCGUCCCGGAGGAAGGCCAAAGGUCAGAGAGAAAAGGAUAAAGAGCUCGUAUCCACUGUCGUGACGUCAGAGGACGAUCACUUCCUACUGGCCGGCACGUCACUAGGCCGGAUGUUCGUACUGCACGUGCCAACAAGUCUGCAAGUGUGCGUUCUGACCACAUCACAGUCCCAGCUCCAACACGUGACCUACUUCACCAGCGCCAUCUGGUUCCAGCACGUCGUGACGGUGGACGCACAAGGCUUGGUGAAGCUCUGGAAUCUUCGCCCGCUCGUGACCCGGGCCCGGACUUUAGUGAUGGACAUCAUCACCGACAACGACCUGUUGAACGAGGAGGAAAAGAAACUUGACCUGAGGUCGUACUUCAAGCACUACCAGGAGCGAUGGAACGACAGGAUGUUCUUGAACGGACCAGACAUCUCCUCCUUCUACAAGAAGCCCCCGCCAGCGGAUAUUUUUAACGUCCUGGAUGGCAUGGACCCGUCCUUAAAAGCGCCCUCUAUCUGGCAGUCCUCGUGCUGCCUCAGUGACUGUACUGACGUCUGUGCUGUGUCCAGUGGCAGCAGUCUGAACGAGGUAAUCUUCACGGCGACAUCAUGUGACCUGCUUCGCUGGAGUCUUCAAGACGGAUCCCUGUUGUCAGUGCAGUCUUGCCCCUUUCCCGGGGAAUACGAGACCCUGAGACCUGUCUACUACGACAAAGCGUUUUUUGUUGUCGUGAAAAAAGACGAUUUUAAAACAGCAGCAGUGUUGUAUCCAGAGGACAAACAUAACCGUGUCUUGAAGCAGGAGAAGGUCGCCACCUGCCAGGUGAGCAGUGACGGAGCAACCAUAGCCUUGGUCACCAGUGAUGAGCAAACAGAGUUGACCAUAACCUUCUGGAACGUGCUGUCGUCCGAGCAUCAAGGGUCAGUCACUCUUGUUGCCUCCGACACCAACUUGGCCGCUAGAGCCUCCAGCAUGGUCUUCUCCCCUGAGCUCGGCUCGUGUUGUCUUCUGACCUCACAGGACCAGGAGCCCGGAUGUACGCUCCAUCAGUGGAUGCUCUCGCUGACUGCACCGACGGCCCACAACAGGAAGCACAGCACAGCAAGCAGCGGCGACCCCUCGGCAGCAGAGGAGAACAGGGCAAAGGUCAUCUCCCACAAAACCACGCGCCUGUGCUUCGUGCCCACCGCAGUUUGCUGUUGCAGCGGUAGUAACGUCAUCGCCCUGGGCACGACGUCAGGACUGACGCUGAUGGUCUCCGCUCAGACCUUGACCCUGAAGUCAGUCUUGACGGCGGAAGGCGUGGAGCCUGCGUCAGACGAACCGUUAGUUGUCGACACCACGUGGUCGCUGCUGGUCCCCCCAGUCUGGUCUGAGGUCACGGGACUCGAGUCCGUGCCGGACACUCACGUGCUCGUCGUGCGCUACCCAAGCGCCAUCUUCCUGUGGGACCUCCAGCAGAACAGACAGCUGCUGAGCAUCAUCCUGGAGGGAGACGAGUUUCUACAUUACUGCGUGUCUCGUAACUGCCGCGUGUUAUGCUACGCCACAUCCGGUCACGUGGUGGCACUGUGGGUGUGAAGGAGAUGAGGGAGCUGUGUUCGUACCGCCUGCCCCAUCCUGCCACGUCACUCGUCAUGACACCUGACUGCCGCCGCCUCGCUGUCAUCCAAAACGACGGUGUGACCUCACGUGUGCGGGUCUUUGAGGUCAGGAACAUUGAGGAGGUCACGACGGAGUCGGAGGCUCAGAGAGAGCAGAACAAAGCACCAAAGGACAAGAACAAUGUCGAGGGCAAUGAUUUGUCGUAGCCAUGGAUGAAAAUGUCGACACCUCCAGACUCUUGGCACAACGCCUAAAACAAUUUCAUAUCAGCAUCAUUCAAACAGCUUUAAUUGUUUUAUUUAUUUUAUAAACAAGCGUAUUAUGAUAAUUUAUUUACAGAGAAACUGUUUUGAUUAAUUACUGAUGUCAGUAGGUCUGCGACAAACGGUUCUGCGGAUUCAGUUUUUGGUUAAGUUAUUAACCCGUUAUCAGGCAUCUGAAACUGGAGGGACUGGGUAUUUCUUCGGGAGAAAUACGAUUCAAAUGUCAAACGAUUUAUGUGAAGAAGGGUAAAGUUUAAUUAAGGAGUGUGUUGUUUGAAAUCAUCCCUUCAUUAUUCUCUCUGUCUUUUGUCACCCACCGUUCAACUUAUUUUUCUUGUAAUCUCUACCUCGGCAAGAACGCGUGGUUGUGUGGGCGGGUACACAAAUACAUCCCAGGUAAGUGUUUCAUUACAAUAUCUGUGUGUACUUACAUGGAAUUGAAGCAUUUCCCACCUGCUUUACCGACGAUUACCUCUGCUCUUAUCGAAUUUGCUUUACGAUCCUGCAGCUGUCGUCUGUUUUAAAAGAGAGGUGGUGGGCGAGGAAGAAAGUAGUGUUACAGAUGAUGGACUGACGAAACCACAGGUGUUCCCUGAGUGCUCAGUCAUCACUCUGUUUAUAGGUCAUUGACACUCCUUUGUUUUUCUCACUGCCUGAUUGUCUUAGAGUUUGUUAAACAAAUUAUAAGUCAGGAACCCACCAAACCAUCAUCUGUUACUGAUGCUGAGAGCCAAGUGGUCAGAGCAUUGGCGUCUAAACCCAAUGGAAAGUUGGUUCGAUACCCGUGUAGUCUCAGUCGACCCAGGUGUCGGGAAUGAGUAGCUGACAAUGUGAAGGGUUAGGGAAGGUAAAGCAACAAGGGAUACGAGAUGGGUACUUUAAUUAAUGUAAAACCUCUUAUCAGUUGUAACGCAAGCGACUUUACAACAUCAGGGAUAUACUCUGGGGUAUCGAUAGAAAUAAUCAUCUAACCCGAGAAAAGGAAAUCUCGACCUUUAACUUACUUCACCGUUACUGAUGUUGUGAUUCAUAUCAAUGUUGACGCUAUCAAAAAUACUUUAAUCAAAAGCUUUUACCACGAUUGCUUUCUUUAAUACUUAAGUUCUGUUCUACUUUUCUGUAUUUCUGUGAGCAUUUAAAUUACAGGUGUAUAUUAUUCCAUAAGCAAUGUGCCAUUCCUCCGCUCCUUUCUGUCCAUCUGUUUGUUCGCGUGUCUGCGUGUCUGUCUAUCCAGUCAAUAAUUUUCUGCCGUUCUCUUCACUCUCUUGGAAUCGUAUUAUUGUGUGUGGUUGCUUAUGUUAAUCUCAAUGGUAACAAACUGACUGCAAACAUUCUUGUGGUAUUGACUAGAUUUUUAAUUAUCAAAACAUUUCCUGUCACUUGUUGACUUUAAUUAAACACACCACAAUCAGUCAGAUGUGUUCACACAUUCAGGAAAGAGAUUUUAUGUCAUUUCUACACUUAAAUCCAAAAAUUGUUUUUUUUCAUGUGCUUAUAAAACAAUGAAAGAUAAUUUUUUCGUAAUUGAUCAGUUAUAUUGUUAUUUUUGUUUACCUUUGACCUAAUGCUGGGUCCUUAGUUUCUUGUGUAUAGUCUCCACGUUAGCCGUGGAAUUAACAGUAUGAUUGUAUUCUUCCUGUGUUUUGCUAAUAUAAUAUAAACAGCCUGUUUUAAUUAGCUAUUUGUCAUUUUGCUUUCAUGUGAAUGCAGGAGACCGAACGAAAUAAAUAAUUUAUUA